GAGGUGCAACAAAGUACUGGGAAUACGGCAAGGAAAAAAAAAAAAAUUCAAAUGUACAGAGUCAAGCUAGGCAGGAUCCCAACAAUGCAGUUACGUAUGGGAGCCAUCCCAUUGGUAACAAUCGAGACGGAACUGAUGACGAUCCUGUUUUGAGUUUCCAUAAGGGGGAAGAGAUAGUUGACAAUGCUCUUUCUCCCAAUGACGUAGUGCCAAUCAAGUCGCUACACAAGGAAACCAUUUUAAAUUACAACGUGAGGGAAGCAUCACCGCAGAACAACGAGAGGGAAGCAUCACCGCAGAGCAACGAGAGGGAUGAAUCACCCCAGAACAAGGAGACCCUAGUGCGCGGUAGCAACGCUGGAGAGAAACUCCACGUGACCAAAUUGAAUUUAAGUUUUUAUCAGCGGGAGGUUGAAGAUUUUUUGAGUGUCAUUAGGAACCUGCAAAAUAUCGUCCUGAUCGAGCGAGAAAAGUACACAGAGUUGAAGGAGAUGCUCAAGUACACCACAGAGGAAAUCGAAAAGGAAAAUGCAAGACUCUAUGAAGAAAUUCAUUCAUAUAAAAAAAAAUAUAACAAACUCAGGAGGGUCAUAUCAAAUAUCGGUUAUGGUAUUUUCUUUAACCUACAUAAUAGGGAAAUGUCCUCGUGUACCAAUAGGGAUAAUAUCGAUUUGGAGGGGGGUUAUGGGGAGGAGGGACGUGAAGAAUGCAGUGCACAGGUGAACGAGUACGAGAAUGCGUACGCGAAUGAGUGCGAGAAUGAGUGCGAGAACGAGUACGACUAUGUCAUGGUGAAUGAGACGGUGUGUUCGGCCAACGGUGGGGGCGCGAAGGGUAAGUGCGCCAGGAGGGGGAGGAGCGGCAACACGUCUUCGCUGUUGAAAUACCUCGAUUUUU